GGGUCUUGUUGUCACCCUUAAGCCUAAGCCAAAGAGUUGUUCACCCUAGAAUGGCGUCCGCAAUGGCUAAAAAAGCUGGCGUGGGGCUCUUCGCGAAGCACAUUGCGCAGUACGAACCAGCGAACCCCCUUUAUGACACGUAUACCGAUAGUAAGGGAAAGGUCAAGCGGCGGAAGCGCGAGCUGCCGCCAGGGCUGUCGCAAAGAGAUGCUAAGGUUUUGAAGCAGGUUAGAUCUCGAGCACACUACCUUGAUAAGGGUUUUCGUAUCUGUGGGAUGCGAUUCGGUUGGACAUUCAUCAUCGGUCUUGUCCCUGUUGUUGGGGAUGUCUCCGACGCGGUUCUAAAUUAUAGUCUCGUCAUCAAGAAGGCUAAACAAGCCGAAAUUCCUAGUUGGCUCCUCCGUCGCAUGCUCCUCAAUAAUGUGAUCUCUGCUGGAGUGGGCUUCAUCCCUCUGGUAGGAGACGUCAUUCUUGCUUCAUACAAGGCCAACUCGCGCAACGCAGCUCUUUUGGAAGAGUUUCUUCGUAUACGCGGACAAGAGUUCUUGAAGGGCUCUACCCAAAACGCUGAGAUAGUAAAGCCAGGUGCAGGACGAACGCGCGACGAAGUCGUUCCUGGUACAUCCACUUCGUCCCGUUGAUCUUCACCAGCUAUAUUCAUAGGGUCCCGUAAAAGAGAGGCUGGUCACUUGCCUACUGCGAUACCUCAUCUCAGAUACCCAGAAGCUUCUGUACUCUCCCUUGCCUGAACAAAGUCUAAAUUACAUUUCG